AUGUAUCUCAAACACAAAUGCGUCAUAAACACMAGUGUAGACUGGUAUAACUAUUGCAGAGAAAUAUGCGAAGUGGUAUUAAUGGAGAGCGAAGAGAAAAUCGGUGGACCUGGUAAGACUGUUCAAAUCGACGAGAGUAAAUUUGGCAAAAGGAAGUACCAUCGCGGGCAUCACGUAGAAGGACGAUACGUUUGCGAACCUGAGAAAAAGAAAGCCAAACUCGAUACAGCUGUUAWUGAAGAGAUUAAUGAUGAAUCUGUAGGUGAAGACUACGUUGGCAAAGAAAGAAAAGUUGAAGAACCGGAAAAUGGUGAAAAAUUAGAGGAACUCAAUGCAAUGAUUAAUGACAAAGAGGGAUCUGACGAUGAAGAUCCAUGCGAACUUACAUGUGCUAUGCAAGAAUCUUUACAAACCUUCCAGUACAAGCCGAGGAUUAAGGAAAAGUACGACCUCAGGACGUGUUUGCAAGGAAAGAAAAAGUCACUUAAGAAACAAUUAUACAGACAAUUGAAAUCUAAGAGAGGCAUCAAGUGGUACAUCAAUACUAAAGUAAGGUUUGUCAAGGCGAAGGCUGAUGGUAUAGAUAUCACAUCAGAACCUCACUUUAGAAGCCGCUGUAUGACUACCGUCAACGAACAUGAAAUCGACAAACAACUCGACGAAGCCAAUGAGAAGAUACUAAGCUCAAUGAUGGUCUUUCAGCGAGAGGGAAGCGGUUGGAUGCUAUCUGAAGUUAUUCAUCUAGACCUAAAGGUGGCACAGUAUACCCCAAUCAAAGGCUCAAGUUAUGUUCCUUUGCCUAAAAAAAUAAAAGAUAAGAAAGCCAUUUUGAAUAUCAAAAACCAAGACAACAAGUGUUUCAUGUGGAGCGUGCUUGCUGCUUUACACCCUGUUCACUGGAAGAAUCAUCCCUAUCGUGUUGCUCACUACGUACCCUAUGAAAGAGAGCUGAAUCUCAAUGGAAUUGAAUUCCCAGUUCCUAUCAACAAAAUAUCUAAGUUUGAGAGACAGAAUCACAUUACUGUUAACAUAUUUGGAUUUGAAGAUAAAGUGCUGUUCCCCGUUCAUAUCAGUAAAGAAAGAUUCACAACCCAUGUGAACUUAUUACUCUAUUCUCAAGAUGAUAAACACCAUUACUGCUUGAUUAGAGAUCUCAACCGAUUACUUUCUGAUCAAAGAAAGCAUAAUGGCACUAUGUUUCACUGUCCACACUGCCUACAUGGAUUUGUUCGAAAAGACCUCUUGAAAGAACAUCAACCAAGAUGCAGUCAGUUUGGUGCGCAACGGAUAGAAUUACCCACAGAAGAAAACAGAUUUCUACAUUUUAAAUAUUUCCACAAGCAACUGAAAGUUCCCUUUGUGAUCUACGCUGAUUUUGAAAGUUUGACUACCAAGAUACAAUCAGUCUCUCAUGACCCCAGCCAGUCAUCGACAGAAAAGUAUCAGCAUCACCAAGCCUGUGGAUUUGCCUAUGUGAUUGUAUCGGAGAGACAGGAAUAUUGUAAGUCACCAGUUCUUUACCGUGGAGAAGAUGCUGUGGAUAAGUUCCUUGAAAUGCUACAACGGGAAGAGGAAUGCAUUCAUAAUCUCAUGACAGAUAUCACCCCUAUGCAGUUAACGCAAGAAGAGGAACUUCAAUUUCAAAGUGCCACCGCUUGUCAUAUAUGCAAAGAAGUGUUAGGAGCUGAUAGAGUACGCGAUCACUGUCACAUGACUGGGGACUUUAGAGGAGCUGCACAUAAUGCUUGUUACCUGAAUUUCCAAUUCACCGGAAGAAUACCAGUAGUUCUUCAUAAUCUGAAGGGCUAUGAUUCACAUCUAAUCAUGCAAGGACUGGGAAAGAUCAAGGAUCGUAAAAUCAACUGUAUUCCUAACAACAUGGAGAAAUACAUCUCGUUUUCUCUUGGUCACCUCGACUUUAUUGACUCUCUCCAGUUUAUGAAUGCUUCACUCACACGUCUCGUCUCCAACCUCGCUAAAGAAGGUGAUGUGAAGUUUAAAGUGUUAAAGAAAUACACCGAUGCAAGCAAAGUUCCACUCCUCCUUAGAAAAGGUGUUUAUCCAUACGAUUACAUGGAUAACAUUAAGAAGUUUUAUGAUCAACAACUGCCUCCUAGAGAAGCCUUUUACAGCAUGUUGACAGAAGAGAACAUCAGUGAAGAGGAUUAUCAACAUGCGCAGAAUGUCUUUACAACCUUUCAACUGCGAAAUCUUGGUGAAUAUCACGAUUUAUAUCUACUUACAGAUGUGUUAUUACUGGCUGAUGUAUUUGAAAACUUUCGUAACAUCUGUUUGAACUAUUAUGAGCUUGACCCAGCCCACUACUACACCAGCCCUGGUCUGGCUUGGUCUGCCUGUUUGAAGAUGACAGAUGUAGAAUUUGAGCUACUUACAGACCUUGACAUGCACCUGUUUGUAGAAGAAGGAGUACGAGGCGGUAUUUCAAUGAUUAGCAACCGUUACAGCAAAGCUAACAAUCCAUACAUUCCACAUAGCUAUGAUUCUACUUUACCAAAGAAUUACAUCAUGUACUUGGAUGCUAACAACCUUUAUGGAUGGGCGAUGAGUCAACCGCUGCCGACCCAUGACUUUACCUGGUUAUCAGAGCAUGAGCUUGCUGACUUUGAUGUGAUGGCUGUAGCUGAUGAUAAUGAAGAGGGUUACAUACUGGAAGUUGAUCUAGAAUAUCCAGAGGAUCUUCAUGACAAGCAUUCUGACUAUCCACUUGCACCAAACAGAACGAAAGUAACCGUAGAUAUGCUAUGUCCGUACUGUCAGAAACUGAUGGAGGAUCUCAACAUGAGUGGAGCGUCAGUACACAAGCUUGUUCCCAAUCUACACAACAAAGAGAAAUACAUCGUUCACUAUCGAAACCUUAAGCUAUACUUGGAACUAGGAAUGAGAUUGACAAAAAUUCAUCGCAUUCUAGGAUUUGCACAGAGCACGUGGUUAAAGAACUACAUCGACUUUAAUACUGACAAGAGGAAGCAUGCAACUAAUGACUUUGAGAAAGAUUUCUUCAAGCUCAUGAACAACAGUGUCUUUGGAAAGACGAUGGAGAAUCUGCGCAAUCGCGUUAAUGUCAAGCUUGUCAACAACAAACGAAGCCUCAUCAAACUCUCCUCAUCACCAUCUUUUGACUGCUUCAAAAUCUUUUCAGAAGAUCUAGCCGCAGUCAACAUGAAGAAAACCAAACUCUACUUGAACCGCCCUAUCUACGUCGGAUUCUGCAUUUUGGAUCUAUCCAAGGUGUUGAUGUAUGACUUCCAUUAUAAUUACAUGGUUAAAAAGUAUGGAGAUAGCUGUCAGCUGUUAUUUACUGACACAGAUAGUCUUUGCUAUGAUGUCAAGACCGACGAUAUCUAUGAGGAUUUCCAUGGGGACUUGGAAUGCUUUGAUACAUCUGAGUACCCUACAGAUCACCCCUUACACAGCAUGACCAACAAGAAAGUAAUCGGAAAAAUGAAGGAUGAAACACAUGGCCAACCCAUUGAAGAGUUCAUUGGGCUACGCCCUAAGAUGUAUUCUCUAUUGUUCCACGAGGGAGAGAAAGAAGUGGAAAAGAAAACAGCAAAGGGAAUCUCAAAACAUGUAACUAAGCGUUACAUUAGACACAGUCAAUACAAACAAUGCUUAUUUGAAAGAAAACGUACGGUGAAUAAUAUGAAACAAAUAAGAAGUGAGAGGCAUCAGUUGUAUACCAUUAGUAUUAAUAAGAUUGGUCUCAGUCCCUACGAUGACAAACGAUACAUUGUACCUAAUGGCGUAAACACCUUAGCUUAUGGUCACUAUGCAAUCAACAACUUGUAA